CCAAGAUGGAGGAGUGUGAGAGUCUGGACUCGGAGAUGACAGAGCUGCAGCAGUUUCAUUGCGAGGCUUCAGAGGCCAUCAGCCAGGAUGAUGAAGAUGAAGUGGAGGAACUGCAAAACAGUCUGCGAGAGGUUGUGCAGGACCCGUCUGUGAAGCCCAAACUUCAGUGCCUGAUGGUGGAUCCAUCGUUCUCCAUGGUAACUGUUCAGAGUGAGGACAGUGGUAUCGUUUGGGAGACAGCCUCUAGCCGCUGCUCUACCCCCUGGGCCUCUGAGACCAGCUCUAUCUCUGAAGCCUACAGUAUGGAGGGCUCUGGAGCUGCUGGAAAGAUCACGAUCGUCUUCGAUGAGGAUAAAAUAGUCCGCAGGAGGACGAGGUCUGGAGGAAGGAGCAGCAGGCUGGGGGACAGGCUGAGUCGACCUGGUAGUUCAAGAUCAGCUUCAGCUCUGGGAGUGGAGAGACUGGAGAUGGCAGAGGUUUCUCUUCCUAACAUCAAACCGGAGAAAACUGAAACAGAGCCGGACAUGGAGGAAAUCAAAAACAAAGAUCAGCAGCUGUUUAGUUUGAUUUCAGAGGGUUACGAGAUUCUCAACAUCAGAGUCCCCUCCAAACUUCCCACUGUGGAUGAGGAGGAGAGCACAGAUCUGCAGGACAAUUUGUCUUAUUUGGACCAGACUCCAAAGAUCAGGUCUCGAAACCAUCAUGACUUGACACGGAAACAGACUCAUGGCUUGCCAGAGGAGGGGGAAAUACUGGAUCACCAAGAGCCCUCAGAGCAAGACUCUCCUCAGCCGUCACCUGACACGGAGCUCAGACACACACCCACCCAGAAAGAGAGCACCAGCGACAUAGACUACUUUGAGAAGUUUACCCUAGUUGAUGUGGUGGUUCCCGGGGAACAAACUCCUGAGCUGCACAAGGAGGCAGAACAGCCUGCAGCAAAGACCCAAAAAGAUGAGCAAAAGCCUGCUAAGGUGGCAGCCACAGACAGCCCAUCUGCAUCAGAAGACUCCUUUGUCUUUGUUACAGAUGUGGAGAUAGUUGGGGAACACCUGGAUGAGGUCUUCUAUGGAGAGGGAGCGCCUGCUGAUGCACUGCAGAGGAGAGAAGAUGAUGAGGCGGAGGGUGGAGCACGGAUGAGAAUGAGACGAGAGAGUCAGAGAUCUGUGAAGGAGAAUGGUUCAGUGUUGUUUGGGAGUGAAGAGACCAUCCUCACGCCCAUCUUUAUCUCCCCUGGACCCCCUAAGAUCAUUGACCCCAUCCUGCUGGAGGAGCCCACCGCCAUGUCCUUUAUGUACACAGACCUCUACGAGGAUGCUGUAGGCGAGAGGAGGAAGAGUGACGAGGAGUACUCUGAGGCAGAGAGCGUGGCAUCUGAGAAAUCUUAUAAUAGGCGUUUGUCAGAUUCAGAGGAGGCAGACGGGUACCUAGAGAAGUUUAUUUUAAAGGAUGAAACUCCUGCAGUCGAUGUUCAAGGAGAGUCAGUAGAGGACAGGAGUGAGGGGAGGAUGAUGUGGUCGCAGAAUAAAUUUGAAAUGACAGGAUGUCUAACAAGAGUGGUCAAGGAAGAGGACAAGGACAAAACAAAGACAGAGGACCCAGAGACACAGGAGGUCAGUGUUGGAGAUGGGAGUGAUGAUUUAAAAUCAGCAACAUUUGAGGGCAAAAGGGAGAUAGUUACAGAAACAGAAAAGGAGAGGGAGGAAACACAACUCCCCACGGUGACCAAAGAGCACACUCUCAAAGAAGCUUCAGAAGAAUCACUUCAGAAGUCUAAACUGAGAGCAGAUCAGAUGGAGGAUCAGGAAGGGAAACUGGAGAUAAAGAGAGACCAGACUGAGGCUCCUGAGAACAGCACUGUUGAACCGUAUCCAAUGCAACAGGUGGACAGUAAAGAUGAGAAAACAGAGAAGAGGGAGGAACAUCAGAGAGAAGUGCCAGCAGAAACAACUAGCAGUAAUGCUACAGAGGAGUCAGCUAUGAUAGCACCUGUAAGCAGAGAGGUACCUCACAUCAUCACUAAAUCUGCAACACCAACAGAAACCACUGAGAAGCAUUUGUCUGAGGAGGCAGCUGCCGACACUAUGACGGUGGCUACUGAUGAGGAAGUAAUAACUGAGUCCAUAACAGAGGCCCCAGCUGAAGUGAAAGAACCUAAGACUGAAGGACAGAAAACACUCACCUCAACUGAAAUAGAGACAUCAGCAACAGAAGUUGUUCCUGAAGAUGUUGCACCUGUUGAGGUUAUCACUGACUGUGAUGCUGCAGUACACGCAGUAGUGGAGGUAACUGAAAAAGCAGUUGAUGAAAAGGAGAUCCAAACUCAAGUUCAGAUUGAUCUUCAGGAGGUAGCUAGUGUGGAGACGACGGAUGUUCAGACAGCAGCUCCUGAAGGAGAAGAACAUGGAACUCUAACAGAGGAAACUGCAUUCGAGAGCCAGGUGCCUGGAUUUCUUACUGAAACUGAUCAGGAGUCAGACGUUAAAACUGAGAUUUCAAGGGAAGUAACUGAACCUGUGAGGACAGAAGAAGCCAAGACAGGCUCAGACAAGAAGCAGCAUGAAAUUCCUGAGUCCAAGAAGCAUCAGCAAGAGGAGUCAUUAACUGAUGGGAAAUCAGACAAAACAAAGCUGAUACCUGAAGCCAAAGAUAAAACACCCUCAGUGGACAUUGCGCCAGAUGUUCAGGAGAUGGUUAAUGAGGGUGAUGAUUUAAUCCUCCUUGUUCCCAAAGGACAAGCUGUAGAGAUGGACAUAGAGAUCAGCCAAAGGUCAGAGACGACUACAAGUGAUACAGUAGCUCUUCCUAAACCUGACAGCACAUGUGAACGUCUCAAAGAGCCUGAACCAGUCAUUAUAUGCCCAGAGACGCUUCAGGCACCAAAUGAAGAAUCAAUGACAGAGCUUCAACUGGAAGUAAAACCAGAAGUUGUUCUGAAGGAAGAAGGACUACCUGGACAUGAGUCAGACAAUUGGUACUUGAGUCCUGCACCUCUGGAGGAGGCUAACAAAGACGAGCAGAAGGUGGAGCGUGAUUUUGAAGAAUACAAGGGUGUCUUUUCCCCUCUGAGGAGCUUUACACCCCAGGAGGAUUUAUCCGGGCUACACAGAGACGAUGUGCAGUCAGAAGCAGCAGAUGUUGAACUGAAGGCAAAGAUGCACAACGUGGAAGACACCUCAGAAACGAAUAUUGUUAAAGAGGAUUCAGGUCCAGAGAUUGAUCUGCACAGAGAGGGUGUAGGAAAAAAGAUAGAGCAAGGUGAGGCAGACGCAGAGGCUCUAGAGGUGACUGUUGAGGAGCUUGAAUAUGAAGUGAUAUCUAAACAGGAUGCAAAAGAGAUGCCAGAACCUGAGACACAGAGAUAUGCAGAGGAACCAAAACCUGAGUGUAGUCAGGAGAGAGAGGAGAGGAUGGAUACAGAAAUGCAGAAGGAGGAGGAGAGAGUCUUUGAUCUGUCCCCAGAAGAAGAGCUCAUUGAGGCUGACUAUGAAAUCAUUGAUGCAGAGGAGGAAAGUCUGGCCCGACUGGCUGCUGAGCUGCAGGGGAUGGACUGGUUCUGUCUCACCUGUGGAUGUCUGCUGUCACAGGAUGACUGCGUGUCUGGAGAGCAUCACAGCCAUGAGGUGACUGCUGUGGACAAAGCCUACGAGGAAAUUAAGGAGAAGCUGAGUGACUGGAUCUCAGAGCUUCAGGGGAGGUCAGAGAACAUCGAGGACCUGGUGUCUGAGCUUGAACUGGCCUACAACUCAGUAGAGGACCAGUGUGUGGAGACCGAGGCAGCGAUGCAGGCGCAGAAUGAGGAGAUGAUGGCUCUGGUGAUGGAGCAGUACAACAACAUGUCCGUCAGCAUGGAAGAGGAGAAGAAGGCCAAGCUGGAGCAGCUGUACGACCAGAUUGUCUCCUUCCAGGAGAGCAUCGACUCUGCCAAGGCCACUCUGGAGACCACGGCCAGAGAGGCUGAGACUGACGCACGGUCACCUGAAGACAUUCAUGCAAGGAUCAAGGCAGCUCUGGACUCAACUAUGUCACUGGAGCUGGGUCCCAAGGGACUGCUGGUGUUCGAGGACUACGCCAAGGGCAACACUUCCAGCUCUCACCUCGCACAGCGCAAGGGAAUCCCAGUGCCUCAGAGGCCUACGCUGCAGCCUCAGGAGCCAGGAUCAGCCACCAGCGCCAGUGUCACAGUUUACUGGAAAGUCAAUCCUGGAGAUAUCAUAGACUGCUUCCAGGUCUACUGCAUGGAGGAUCCACAAGGAGCUGUGUCAGAGGAGUAUCGUGUGACAGUGAAGGAGAGUUAUUGUGUCUUGGAGGAGCUGGAGCCUGACAAGACCUACAAGGUGUGGGUGAUGGCUGUCAACUACACCGGCUGCUCUCUGCCCAGCGAGAGACUCGCCUUCAGAACUGCUCCAUCAGUACCACUGAUUGAUACAGAGCGCUGUACAGUCAUGUGGGAUUCAGCCACACUGCGGUGGAGCUCAGCAAAACAGACUCGAGAACAGAAUUACACCUUGGAGUACUGCCGCCAGUAUGAACUGGAGGGAGAGGGGCUCAGGUCCAUCUCAGGUAUCAAAAGCUGUGAACAGAAGGUUCUCCUGCAGCCCAAUGAGAAUUAUCUGUUUUACAUCAAAGCUGUGAAUGUGGCUGGAGCCAGCGAACAGAGUGAGGCUGCACUCAUUUCCACCAAAGGGACGAGGUUCCACCUGCUGAAAGCCUCAGCUCACCCUGCUCUGGAGCUGUCAGUGGACCAGACCACCCUGCACUACUCUCAGGAUGCGCUUGAAAACACACCAUCUACAGACAAACAGUGUCCAUCUAUCCUGGGUGAGUUGUUGCUGGCAAAAGGACGUUACUACUGGGAGACGAUUGUGUCGCGCAGCACAGCUUACAGGCUUGGAGUGGCAUACAGUGCAGCCAAUAGAAACAUCCCACUGGGGGAAAACAGCAUGUCAUGGUGUUUGCAGUGUAUCCCUACACCAUCAGGCUGCAGGUAUCAGUUGCUCCACAAUGACAUUCAGUCCAGUGUGUUUGUGAUUGAGAUGCCUGAGCGAGUGGGUACACUCCUGGAUUAUCAGCUUGGCCGUCUAUCCUUCUACAAUGCCCAAAAUGGUCGGUUGUUAGGCACCUUCCGCCAGCGCUUCACACAGCCGUGCCACCCUGCUCUGGCCCUGGAGAUGCCGGGCAGCCUGGAGGUCAGCAUGGUGAUGGAGGUGCCAGAGUUUACCAAAGACAGCUAGCUCUGCUAUCUGCCUCACAUACUGUUUACAGUUCAUGUUGGACAUAUAUUGAUUUGAAUGAUGAAAUGAACAUUAUUGUAUUAAUGAGAAAACUGCAGAUAUGACAGCACAUGAAAUAUAUCUGAUAUCCACAGUAAAGAAGACAUACUGGGUCCCAAUCUUCUAAAGAGGCCUCAUUGAUGGGUUUGUGUAUUUUGUAGUGAGAUCAAAUCUAAUCAAUGUAGCGCUUCAUUGCAAAACAAGUUUUCUCUGAUUGAGCAGGAAUUCAAUUCAAAAUGAAAUUGUAAAUAUCAAAAACAGAGGCAGUGGAAGUGAAUGAUGACGUGUGAAAUACAACAGGAUUGAAAUUUAGCGCCUUGAAUAUUUUUUACAGGUGAGUGUCUUGUAUUUUGUUUCGUCACAGGGGAAGUGAAACUUUGUGGAUCAUUUCAUAAACCUGACCAUAACAUAUGCUGAUGUGAGAGUUGUAAAUGUUCCGUGAUUUACUCAUUUUCAGUUUUCUUUCUUUAUUUAAACCCUUAUGGAUAGUUACCGAGACUGCGACUGCAUAUUGAACACACACUGUAUCAUUACUGAGACAAAUAACAGUUAAAGCCUUUUGUCGACACAAAGUUUAGAGACUGAACUAUAGAAAUACCCUGUAGCACUUUUAAACUGUGUCUCAUAAUGUUAAUGUAUGUAAAUAACCUUUUCAUAGAUGUGAUCAAUUCUAUAUUUUGUUAUGUGUAACUCAACCGUGGAGAUUGUUUUUCUUUUCCUGUCUUCCUGUUAACUGAUUUUCACGUCUGAGCUGAAUGAACAUGUUUAUUUUUCUAUUUGUGCAACUGGACUGUUUGUUUUGAUUCAGUUCAUUAGCUUCCGUUCUAACACACAUUCACCACUAGAGGGCCUCAGUACUCCAUUAGCUGAAAUAUUGGCUCAAAAGCAGCCAAAAAUGCAUAAAGGUUAUGCUCUCUGCAACUCUAACGCAGCAGUGCCGUGUCACAUAAAAAUGAU